AUGGCGUCGGAGGACGAGUCGUCGUCAGCCUUCGUGUCGGAGUCCGAGGAGGAGAAGGCAGUGCUUGUGGCGAAGGGCGGCGCGGCAGCAGGAGAGGCAAUCGAGGAAGCUUCGGAGGCGGAGGCGACGGAAACGGCAGAAGAGGACACGGAAGCGGAGGAGACGGCGGAGGAGGAUAACGACGAGGACGACGACGACGAUGAGAAGGACGAGGAGGGCGGUGCGGCGGAGGCGGAGGAGGAGGUGGUGAUGCUGCUGUGCGUGCUGAGUCUUGACGACGGCGACGUGCUGCGGAAGCGCAAGAUCUGGCGCCGCAUCGCCGUGCCGGCCGACUUUUCGCUGCUCGAGCUGCACGUCGCGCUACAGAACGCGUUCGACUGGGAGGACACGCAUCUCCACGACUUCACCCAGCCGCGCCGCCACGCGUGGCGCCGCCUGCUCGACCCCGCCGCCGUUCUGGCUGACGAGAUCACCGACUCCGAGGCCGAAACCGAGGGCGCUACAGCCAAACCCAAGCCCGCUACAGCCACCGCCGCUACAGCCGCCGCAGGCAUCAUCGCUUCUGCUACAUCCGAGGUUGUUCUCCCGCCGCUCCCCGACACGCAGUACCGGGGGUUCGGCCGGACGGAUCUUUCGGCUGUAGCGGAGCUGCUACAGCUGGAUUUGGACUCUCUGCCGCCCGGUUUCACGCGCACGUUCAAGACUGUAGCGGGCGCCAAGGAGGAGGCGGCGGACGAUUUGAUUCUGACGCCCGCGAGUUUGGAUCUGGGCGGGAGUGCUGAGGUGGUGUUUGUGGAGCAUGCUGACGUGGCAGCGGCGGGAGAAGGCAAGGAGGUGGCGUUAUUGACGGGACCUGGCGAGGUACUGGACGAGAGGGCGUUUGAAGUGGGGGCGGUCUUUUCAAAGACCGACCCGCUGCUGGUCUACCAGUACGACUUUGGCAUGAGCUACGAGGUGCACCUCAUUUUCGAGGGUAAAUUCCCCGCCACCGAGGGGGUGAACUACCCGACGUGCCUGGCGGGCGCGGGAGCGAGUCCAGCAGAGGACGGCAACGAUAUGGAUGACGAGGGCGCGCUGCUGCCUUCAUACGACUACACCGACUUUGCUGUGCUUGAUGUGCUCGCCAACUUUGAGAAGACUUUUGAGGACUCGUGGCCAGUGGGUCCAGGCUCGGAAGACAGCAUCGACGCUCCCCGAUGCUACAUGUGCAGGUACAACCGCGAGUGUGGGCGGCGCAGGGAGUGCACGGGCAAGUGCUGCGGGUACUGCCUCAAGACCCCCCUGCACCUGCUUGCCGGCUCCAUCCCCCUGCGGGACGCCGAUGCCGCGUAUGAGGGUGCGGCACAGAAGCUGCUGCAGGAACAGAGGAAGGCCGCUGAGAGCGCAGAGGCAUAG